AUGGAUGGGAGAAACGUCUUCUGUGACCGCAAGAAAACAUUACGUCAUCCUCAUAUUGGAUGGGGGAAACUGAGGACUAGGAAAUACUUCCCUUCCACAUUCAAGAUGCUCACCUCCACUACGCUUGGAGUGAUUUUGAUAGCUGCUUGGAUUUAUCCAAGUUCCGCGCUCUAUUUCCACAUAGGAGAGACGGAGAAAAAAUGCUUCAUAGAGGAAAUUCCGGACGAAACCAUGGUUAUCGGAAAGUACAAAACUCAGCUGUGGGACAAACAGACAAAUUCCUUCCUGCCAUCCACACCUGGUCUUGGGAUGCAUGUUGAGAUCAAGGAUCCUGAUGCAAAGGUCAUCCUUUCACGUCAGUAUGGUUCCGAUGGGCGAUUUACAUUCACUUCCCAUACUCCUGGAGAGCACCAGAUAUGUCUGCACUCCAACUCCACCAAAAUGGCGCUGUUUUCUGGAGGGAAACUGAGAGUGCAUCUGGAUAUUCAGGUCGGAGAACAUACCAAUAACUACCCUGAAAUUGCAGCCAAAGACAAACUAACUGAGCUUCAGCUGCGUGCCAGACAGCUUCUGGAUCAGGUGGAACAAGUCCAGAAGGAGCAAAAUUACCAGAGGUAUCGAGAGGAGCGCUUCCGUAUGACCAGCGAGAGCACCAACCAACGUGUCCUCUGGUGGUCCAUUGCCCAGACGCUCAUCCUCAUCAUCACAGGAAUAUGGCAGAUGAAGCACCUCAAGAGUUUCUUCGAAGCAAAGAAACUUGUUUAG